AUGAACAACUCAACACUCAACUGUCAAGUGAUUUUGGCGGACUUACCUCCUCCCCCUCCACCACUGUCGGAGUCCUUCAAGUCGUUGUACUGUGUAUUCAUGUUGCUCUUUUCGCUGACAACUUUAAUUGGAAACCUCUUCGUCAUUGUCGCCGUGGUCAUGUUCAGGAGUCUUCGGAAACGCAUUUACGCCUUCGUCGUGGUCGUGGCCCUCGCAGACAUCGGCGUUGCCGUCUUUGUUAUGCCUUUCCGACUGUACGAAGAGUGGAACAGCGGCUGGCUUCUCGGGAAGUGGUUCUGUCUGGUCGUCAACAUGUUCGACGGGAUAUUCUGUUCGGCGUCCAUGAGCAUUCUUUGUUGUCUGGCGGUCGAGCGGUACCUGGCCGUCUGCAAACCAUUUCUGUACACGAAACUGACUCCUGCGCUGACCGCCAUUGUGAUCUUUGCGUGCUUGGGUGUUAUCUUCUUCGUGUGGAGUUUUUUCCUCGUCAACGAAUUUCACAUUGAUGGAAUAGAGGAUUUGGUUGCUUGUUUGUCAGACGGAGCCUGUCCACUUCUUCUAAAUCUUUCGUCUGCUCUGUUUCUGAGCAUUCUGACUUUCUGGACGCCGUCUGCGGUGAUGUUGUACUGUUACUGGCGGAUAUUUGUUACAGCAAACCGUCACUUGCGUGCCAUACACAGCACCACCGUGUCAGACACCGAAAAACGGACCUACGCAACGUUCAGCAAGAGAGCUAAAGCAGCAAAAACGUUAGGGAUCGUCAUUGGAUGUUUCUUUGUGUGCUGGCUGCCAUUUUUUAUUGUGCUGGUAGGGGACGUGGUGGAAGGUCACCAGUGGUCAAUUCAGCUUAAGUUAUUUGUCAUGUGGUUGGGCUACCUCAACUCGAUGAUCAAUCCAUUCUUGUACUACAUCUUCAGCGCUGAAUUCAAAGCAGCUUUUAAAUGCAUUGUGAAGUGCUCGAGAAGUGUAAGGGACUCUGAAAAUGUAUUUUCUACAACAGUUGGACUGAGUUAA